AUCUCUCCCCUCAAACUUCACUUACCAUUUCUUCUCUGAUGCAUUUUCACACACACUUUCUAAAAGAAACGUUUCUUUCGCACAGCAAUGGCGAGACCGCAACAGCGAUAUCGAGGCGUCCGACAAAGGCACUGGGGCUCUUGGGUUUCCGAAAUCCGCCACCCUUUAUUGAAGACUAGAAUUUGGCUAGGAACGUUCGAAACGGCGGAGGACGCGGCGAGAGCUUACGACGAAGCGGCGAGGCUAAUGUGCGGGCCUAGAGCAAGAACAAACUUCCCUUAUAACCCGAAUGCGUCUCAGUCCUCGGCCUCGAAACUUCUCUCGGCAACUUUGACAGCAAAACUGCACAGAUGCUACAUGGCUUCACUCCAGAUGACCAAAACUUCACUGCAAGAGCCAAAAAAGCCGCAAACUUUAGCGUCAUCGGGCGCGAAAAUGCCGGAUAUCAAACCGGAAAUUCAUCAACCAGUAGCAGAGGAAAAUUGGGUUGUGAGGGAAGUAAAAGUAGAGAGCAGCAGCCAGCAGUUCAAGCCACUUGAAGAUGAUCACAUUGAGCAGAUGAUUGAGGAGUUGCUGCAUUACGGUUCCAUUGAAUUAUGCUCUGUUGUGCCACCACAAGCUACCUAAAGUGUACUUCUUUACUCCGCCCGCCGGUUCGCCUGGCAGUGGUCUCGCUCGAUUAUUAGAAGGAACCGUGGAAAUCUCGUUAAUCAAUUCAUGCACGUUACUGAUUAGAAUCAUUUCAAAAACUCCGACCCGAUCGAGAGCCUUGAUUUAGAGCCCUAUAUUUAUUUCUCUGCCAAUGCAAACUCAUUCAGCAGAUUUAACCCAAUUUUCUCAAACUUUGCUAGAAAUUGUAGUCCUCAGCUGCAUUAUUAGCUUAGAACCCCAUUAGGACUACCAAGUAACACUUUGGUGAUGCUAUGUGUACAUUAUUAUUAUGUAUGAUAUUAUUAUUAUUAUUAUUAUUAUUAUUAAUUUUAUGCUUAA